AUGCCCUUCGGCAUGCCCUUUGCUUGGAAAGAGCCGAUGCUUUUGGUCUUGCCACAUGAGCUCAUCAUCAAAAGACCAGGCCUGAAGACUGGCUUUCUCUUCGGGGAAAUGCCCCGACCCACAGCGGAACCGAAGAUGCACGUGGCAGGGAUGGACCCAGAGGCACGAAUGAAAGGCCAAGUUCAUUAUCCAGAUCAGGAAGGCUGCUACGCAGGUUGCGCUUCAGACAGCAUGGCAGGAGGAAAAAGCUACGGAGCGCUGGCUCCAAACCACUUCUUCAAAAAGCCCGACGAGGAGGAAGAAGUGCCACCACUGGCGCCACCUCCCGGGACCCCCAAAGUCAAAGCCACUCGUAGCGCUCCCAGGCGCCAAAAGGGGUGUGAUCCCUGGGGACGAAUCACUGGCGCCUACAAAGGCAAGUUCUGUCAAGGCUCCGACUCCUGCGUCACUGCCCUGCCGCAGGACUUCGGGCAGCGAACGGGAGCUCCAUUCUGCCCAGGGGGAGACUGCUCCGGCAAAGCUGGACACCCAUGGUGCGUGCCUGCAAAGUUCCUGGCACUCUAUGAUGGACCUAUCGAAAUCAACUGCAAGUCAUCUGGUGAAGGCACAUUGGAGGAGGGUGAUCCCAGUGGCUGCUGGUGGUUUCUGCGGAACCUGCCCCACGAGGAGUUGCAAAGAUUGCCCGGGAUUGUGGUGUCCCCCAUGUUUCCAGAGAAAGGCGACAAAUUCCUGAGGAAGUAUGGAAAAGGAUUAAGCGAUGUCGAAGCAGAACGCUGGGUGGUCACUGGCCAGAUGGUUGAUCCAGACAGCGCAGGACCCGAUCCCAAUCAUCCGGAGUCUGAUAAGGAAAGGCUUGCUGAGAUCACCCGAGACAUGGAUGCCAAGAACAACCUCCCACCAGGGAGUUCGCCACCUGCUCCACGGCACCUUCCCAUGGCCGAAGACAUGAGAACACCAGUCGUGGGAGGUGGCUUGGAGACACCACCAACGGCAAUGCCGACACGAUCGGGAGUUCCCCAUCCAAAGAAGAGACGUGGAAAACCUGGAGGUGACCUAACAGACUCCUUUGAAAAUCGGGAAGAAGGUGGAUCUGGAAGACUGGGGGAUGACGGUGAAGAAGAUGCAAUGCCAUUUAUUGCAGGCCAGGAAACAUUUCACGACACAAGCGGUGAAAGACACAUGUUUCAGAGUACCCUUUGGCAAUCAAACCUGGGUUUACAGCAAGUUCCAUUUGUUUCUGGGAGAGUCGAUUUGCAAAUUUGGAUGUUCCAUUGCCAUCUCAGCUGUUUACAAGAGAAUACCUUUCACGGUCAGUUUCCGAGUAAUUUCGUGUCAUUUCCUGUGAGGUCUUUUGGGGCCACCACCGCUGGCCUUCAGAGCCGUUUGCCAAAUAAGACCACAUCGGUUUGUCUGACAAUAUGGUGCCCCUUGUGCCCCUAA